AUGUCCAAACGUCUUUCGGCUGCCGAUGUGGCAUCUCACAACAAAUCAGACAACCUCUACAUUAUCGUCGACGAGGAUGUCUACGAUCUGACCAAGUUCCAGGACGAGCAUCCAGGUGGAAAAAAGAUCCUCCAACGUGUGGCCGGCAAGGAUGCCUCGAAACAGUUCUGGAAAUACCACAAUGAGGGCAUCCUCAAGAAAUACAAAGCGAAGUUGCAGGUUGGGUCGUUAGACACCAAGAAGGUUGAGGCACCGCCGACUCCUCCAGCCACUCCUCCACCGGAAAAGCAGGAAACGAAGGUACAGCCGCAAGCGGAGCCCGGCACUGUUGCGCCCGCGCCUGGGCCGUCCGCCGCGGAAGAGGUCGAGGCAAUGGACCCCUUUGGUUCUCUGAUUCCGUUCGGCGACCCGAGUUGGUAUCAAGGUUACCAUUCACCUUACUACAACGAAACGCACGCUGCUCUCCGCGCCGAAGUCCGAGAAUGGGUCGAGAGCGAGCUCGAACCCUACGUGACGGAAUGGGACGAGGGCAAGAAAGUCCCUGAUAAUAUCUACAAGCAGCUGGGCGAGCGGGGCUAUCUUGCUGGUCUGUUGGGCGUCAAAUACCCCACGCAUCUAACAAAGAACACGGUCAAGAGCGUACCUCCCGAGAAAUGGGACCUCUUCCAUGAGAUGCUCUUCACGGACGAGCUGUCACGGACUGGCUCCGGCGGCCUGGUCUGGAACUUGCUCGGAGGUUUCGGAAUUGGUUGCCCGCCACUUAUCAAGUACGGCAAGAAGGAACUCGUCAAUCGCAUCUUGCCGGGCAUUCUCUCUGGAGACAAGAGAAUUUGCUUGGCCAUUACUGAACCCGAUGCCGGCUCCGACGUGGCCAACCUGACCUGCGAGGCAAAGCUAUCGGAAGACGGCAAGCACUACAUCGUCAACGGGGAGAAAAAGUGGAUCACCAACGGCAUCUGGUGCGACUAUUUCACCACCGCCGUGAGGACUGGUGGCCCCGGUAUGGGUGGCAUCAGCCUGUUGUUGAUUGAGCGGACCGAGGGCGUCAGCACGCGCCGGAUGGACUGCCAAGGUGUCUGGAGCAGCGGAACCACAUACAUCACCUUUGAGGAUGUCAAGGUGCCAGUAGAGAACGUGCUCGGCAAGGUCAACAAGGGAUUCCAGGUCAUCAUGACCAACUUCAACCACGAGCGAAUCGGCAUUAUCAUCCAGUGCCUGCGCUUCUCUCGCGUCUGCUUUGAAGAAAGCGUCAAGUAUGCGUCGAAACGACAGACAUUCGGCCAGAAACUCAUCAACCACCCUGUGAUACGCAUGAAGCUAGCGCACAUGGCUCGUCAAAUCGAAGCAAGCUACAACUGGCUGGAGAACAUUAUCUACCAGUGUCAGCGUAUGAGCGAGACUGAAGCAAUGCUGAGAUUAGGCGGUGCCAUUGCCGGUCUCAAGGCUCAAGCUACCACUACGUUUGAGUUCUGCACCAAGGAGGCCGCCCAGGUCUUCGGUGGUCUGGCUUACUCGAGAGGAGGCCAGGGUGGAAAGAUCGAGCGGCUGUACCGUGAUACUCUGGCUUAUAAGAUUCCUGGCGGCAGCGAGGAGAUCAUGCUCGAUCUCAGUAUGCGGCAGAGUCUCAAGGUGCACAAGGCGCUGGGGAUGAAGCUGUAG